AUGUUGCCUCUCGUGCGCCUCCAGCACGCGAACUUGUUUCACGCGCACACACGAGUAACUUCUACUCCACGGCAAUUAGCCUUCAUCACUUUUGGUCAAUGGCAAUGGCGUACAGCCCGCUCCAUGAGUGACAGUAGGGUUUCACAAUCACCAGGACCAGAGCCCACUCCAGCACAACAGGACGGCCCUCUUCGUCAACGUCAUCACAAAGCACAUCCAUUUGGUGGCAGUUGCAACGACUGCGGACAGCUCCGUUCCAGUACUUGGUACAAAGACCGGAAGAGUGCCGGAGGACUACUGUGUGGUGCAUGUUAUCAAUCUCGUAGGCUAAAGAAACAGAAUUCUGGGGAAAACUCAUGCUUGGAUUGUGGAACCAAGACCAGCGGUUAUUGGUAUACCCAUCCGGAUACAGGCGAGAUUUCAAGAUGCCGAGAUUGUCAUAGGAAAGCGCACAGGGAAGAGCACGCGCUUCGGGGCACCAGUUGCCGGAUCUGCAGUACCACAGCGACGUAUCGGUGGAUCCCAGAGCGGGAUUGUGCCGGUUCCUUCUUGUGCCAUUAUUGUUAUCUAACCCAUAGCCUCAGGAAACGGACGGUUUUCCCGGGCAGGAAAUGCAUAGAAUGUGGCAUUUCUCAAGGGCAGUGGCUUAAGCAUCCAAGCGGCAAUGAUACAUAUCAGUGUCACAAAUGCUACAUGCGAAAUCGCUAUCGCAAGAAACGUGACGAAGCGAACGCGAAGAAGGAUAGGAAACUCGGCGAUCAAACACAUGCCGAGGGCUCCACAGGGACGGGGACACGACCGGCGAAAUAA